AUGGUGGAUGAUGACUUUUGCAACACCAAACUUGCCCUCGGAAUUGGUACUUCUUCCGGCAAUUCACUGCCUAAGCCAGACAAGCGUGCCUUGUCAUUGGACCUGUCCUUGGUUGACGAAGGACAAUCUAGCAGAAAUAGCGAGGACAAUGGCGGUGAAAGCAGAAAGAAGUUGAGGCUCUCUAAGGAGCAAACAGCUGUUCUAGAAGAUAGUUUCAAAAAGCACACCACUCUCAACACUGCUCAGAAAAUUGAGCUGGCUGCCAGGUUAGGUUUGAAACCUCGGCAAGUUGAGGUGUGGUUCCAAAACAGGAGGGCCAGAACAAAACUGAAGCAAACAGAAACUGAUUGCGAGCUAUGGAAGAACCAUUGCGACAAUCUGAGAGAGGAAAAUGGCAAGUUGAAGAAAGAAAUUGACGAUUUGAAAGCCUUAAGGGCAGCAUUUUAUGCACAAAUAACAAACUGCGUGGGGAUCUCAGUGUGUCCGUCGUGCAAAAAAGUGCAAGGAGUUGCCACUAAGGGGAGUAGCAGUGGCGAUGGGAAGCAUGAAAGAAAUGCAACAGCCGCUGCAGCCUCCGGGGACGUGGUCCAGAGCCCUAAGUACAAGCAUAGCGGCUUGAAAAUUCGGGGUUAA